AUGGAUAUAGAAUAUGGAGGAGCUCGAGAUUUUGAAAAAUAUGUUUGUAAUAAGGAGGAGAAGAUUCCUCUGUCUUAUAAUAAAAAAUAUCUUGCCGAAAUAGAAGAAAGUCAUAAGAAAUGUAAGAAUGAUUCAUUAUUAUUUAUGAAUUGUAAUUUUUAUAUUGAUGAUUUUGUAAGUUUUUUUUCUAUAUGUAAUACAUUAGACAAUUCUAAUACACAAACGAAAUGUAUAUAUAGGAAUGAAAAAGAUUCAGUGGAGGAUUCAAAAGAAUUAAACAAUUAUAUGAAUAACAAUAGUAUUAAUAAAACAACGUUAGGUAAGUUUAAUAUGGAAAAUAAAAUGGAAUAUAAUUAUACUUCUAUUAACGAACAUAAUAAUAAUAAUUAUUAUAUAAAUAAGAUACAUAAUGAUUCUGUUUUUAAAUAUCAAGAUAUGGAUAAAACACCUAUGAAAAAUAACAUAGAUAAUAAUAGUAAUAAUAAUAAUAAUAAUAAUGAUAAUAAUAAUAAUAAUGGUAAUACAUAUUUGUAUGAUAAUUAUCUAGAAGACCAAUUUAAUCAAACAAUAAAAAAUCGAUAUAGUUGUACUCCCAAUGAUCAAAUAAGCACUUGUACAAAAAGUUUUAAUACAUGUAUAAAAACAUAUGAAGAACAAGCUUCUUCAAGUUGUAAAAAGAAUGUAUAUAAUUCUUAUAUUAACAAAAAAGAGAAUCUUGAAAUAUUAAUAGUUCAAAACGGAGGAGUAAUACAUAAUACAUUGACCAGCAAAGUAACACACAUUAUUAGUAAUAACAUGGCAUUAGGUUCUAAGAAAUAUAUGGAUUAUAAAAAAGCUAUAAAAAAAUCUAAAGUCUUCAUAGUUAUAGAUCAAUAUAUUUUCGAUUGUGUAAACAUGCAAUGUCGUUUACCUGAACAAUCAUAUCUACCUUCCAUGUUACGUUACAAUUGUCAUCAAAUAACCGAAUAUUUUUCCUUAAGAAAAAAAGAUAAGGAACAAAACAAAAAAAUGCAAAACAAAAAAAUACAAGACAAAAUAAAUAAUGAUCAAAAUUUUUUGAAGGAACAUAAAGAAGGUGAACAAAAUAAUGUAACCAUUUUAGAUACCUCAAAAUGUGAUAAACAAUUAAAUGAUUAUUAUGUAGAGAAAAAAUUAAGUACUUGUCAUAAUAAGACAAGUGUUAAUAAUAAUUUAAAUAAAACUGAUAUGUAUGGAACAAAAGAGGACAAUAAUUUAUUAAUACAUAAAGAUAUAGGGAACAAUGAAAAUUUGAAUUAUAUAAACGAGCAAAAAGUCCGUGAAGAAAAUAAUAAUGAAGAAAAAAAAGAAAACAUUACUAAUAAUGAUAAUAUAAAUAAACACCUAGAAAUAUUAAAUAUGAAUAUGGAUUAUGAGCAUGUAAAGAAAUUUAUAAUAUGUAAUUCGAAUGAAUAUUUCAAAAGGUUACAAGAAUAUUAUUUGGAAAAAGAGUUAAAAGAAAAUAUAUAUUCUAACGUUUCAUCAAAUUUAUAUUUAAAUAAAAACACAUUUGAGGACUUUUGUAGGAAAUACAGAAUAUUAAAUUAUUUAAGUGAUGAAGAAAUUAAAUGGUUAAAAUGUAAAAGUGAAUUAAAUAUAAAUAUAAAAAAUCUUUGGGAAAAUGAUAUAAUUCAUUUUUUCUUUGAUUUAGUCUUAAGAAAAAAAGAACAUUUCAAAAACAAUACUGUUGGUAAUAAUAAUAUUGGAAAUAACCAUAAUAUUGGAAAUAACAAUAAUAUUGGAAAUAACCAUAAUAUUGGAAAUAACAAUAACAAUAUUGGUAAUAAUAAUAAUAAUACACAAUCCUAUACAGAUAUAAACAAAUCGAGCAGUUAUAUAUGUGAAAAUUUAAUAGAGAGUAUUAGCGCCUAUCUAUACAAUUCUCGACUAUACAUUUUAGGUAAUUGGAAUUAUAUAUCUAAAGAAUUAUUUAAUUUUGAUGAUAUAAAAGAAUAUGAGAAAGGAUCGAAGAAAUUUGUUUACUUAUAUAUCGAUUUUGACAAUUACUUUUUAAAUGCAAGUAUAAGAAAUAAAAUUUGUAUGUAUGAGAAAAAGAAAUCGAUGAAUAAUGAAAUAUUUUGUGUAUGCCAUAGUUUAAAAAAGGAAGAUAGUUAUGGUAUUAUUAGUUCAACAAAUUAUUGGGGGAAAAAAAAUAAAAUACUUAAAGGUAUGGUCAAGGGGGAAGCUACAAAAAUGAAUAAGAAUAUAAAUUUUGUAAAAUAUGAUUUUAGUAAUAUAUUAAAAUGUAGUUAUUUAUUUUUAUUAGUAUUAAUAAAUUAUUCUAAAAAUGUUCGUGUAUUAUCAGUAGACGAAUCAAUACUUCAACUAUUUUAUGAAAAAGAAGAAGACAUUUUUAUAAUAUCCAAAAAAAUUUCUGAUGAUAUUUAUAGACUAACUAAUUUAAGUGUAUCCAUAGGAAUUUCUCAUGAUUUAAGUACAUCAAGAAAGGCUUUAAAGUUUUGUAAAAAGCGUUUUAUGUUUUUUGAUUUUUAUCAUCAUUUUAAUAUUUUUAUAAAGAAGUAUAUUAGCUUAAAAAAUAAGGAGAGUAACAUAACUCCAGAAGCUUCCAACGAUGAUAAUAUAAAAAGCAAUACUAUAUCAGAUGAUAAAAUCAUUAAUGGCAAAUUAAAACAUAUGAUAGAGCAAAAUAAAAAUGUAAAUGGUACUAAUAAUACGGAUGAUUAUAGAACAAAUUGGAUGAGUGAUGAUAAACUUAAGGAUUUAUUUAAGGAAUAUCUUUCCUUUGAAAAAAAAAGGAAAAGUGAAUUAAAAUAUAAUGAAAAUAAUAAAGAGAAAUACAACAUGAAUAUAGAUAAUAUAUAUUUUAUGAAUCUUAUAAAAGGAAAGAGAGAAAAAGAAGUUGAAUAUAUUUAUAAUAAAUUCCUUGAAAUGAAUAAAGAAAAUAUUGAACAAAUGGUAAAUACCUAUUUUGAAGAAGUAAUUCAUCCAGUGAGUACAUAUUUUUUUUUUUAUAAACCAAAUGAAUAUUAUUUUAAUAUUUUAAAAAAUAUGAAUUAUUUAAAUGGAUAUUUUAUUUCAUUUAAUAUGUAUUAUCUUCCACAUAUUGAAAAUGAUAGUAACAAUAAUAAUAAUAAUAAUAAUCAUCAUCAUAGUAACAAUAAUCUUCAUAGUAACAAUAAUUUUCAUAGUAACAAUAAUUGGUUAAAUAACAAAAUGGAUAGAAAUAUAAAUAAAAAAGAAUUAGAAAACAACGAUGAAAAGAAAAGUAUCAAUAUUAGUGUUAAUUAUGGUGUGAGGUUUAAUAAAAUAAACGACUUUUAUUAUCUCAUAUAUUUUAUGACCAAACAGUUGUAUUUACGUUUAAAAAUAAAGAAUUUGAAAGCUAAACUUUUACAUGUAAACUUUUUUAUCAAAGCCGAAAAUGAAAAUGUAAAUCCUAUGAAAUAUCUAGGUAGAGGAAGAGUUAUUAGAAUAAGUAGUAAAAUUAAAUUAAAUCAACAUACCAAUUGUUUUUUUGUAUAUUUUUUUAAAGUUAUACAUACAUUUGAUUUCUUAGCAAAUAAUUUAAGUGAUUUAAGAGGUGUUCAAAUUAUUUGUUCAGAUACCAUUAAUGAAAACAAAACUCAUGUUAAUAAAAAAAGUAUUUUAUAUUAUUUCUACGUAAAUACAGAAAAAAAUAUUAAAAACAAGAAAAACUGUAAAUAUGUAGCAAGCUGGAAAGAUGACAAUUUUUUAGAAGUACCACAAAAAGUGAAUGAUAAGGAUCAGGUGCAAGAAAAUGUAAAAGACCCUCACCAAAUAAAUGAAAAUAAAAUACAUCUGCAUAAUAUAAUGUUAUCAUCACAAAAGAAAAAUGAAACAAACAAAAAAGAAACAAAUGGGAAAAUAUCAAAAAAUAAUAUAAAUAGUUCAAGUAUAUUAAGUUACAUAAAAGAUAAAAAUAAAGGCACUAACAUAUUAACAAGUCAAAUUAAUUGGACACAUAGUAAUAAUAAUAAUAAUAAUAAUAAUAAUAAUACAUAUAGUAGAAAAGAAAUUCGUAAAACUGUAAGAAAAGGAACAAGUACAAGUAUCAAAAGAAAAAUAAAAAACAAAAUAAAUACACAUAUACGUUAUGAUAAAAAUAUAAGGAAUAAUAAAUUAUAUCAUUAUGAAUAUAAACAAAAUAUUCUAAAUUAUUUUGUACAUAAUAAUCAUAAUAGUAAUAGGACUCAGAAUCUAAUACAUAAGAAGGAAAAUAAUUUUCAAAAUAAUCAAAAUGUUUCUUUAUGUUCUUCAUCAAAAACUAUAAAUAAAGGUUUUAAAAGGAAAUGUAACAUUCUAAGAAGUAAUGCUAAUUUUUUAAAUAUUAGAAAAAAAAUAAAAAUUACGAAGAAUUAUAAAAUAUCUGACUUUUUCCCAAGUAUAUUAAAAAAAAAAAUAUAUAUAAGAAAUAAUAAAAAUAUAUAUGAUGAUGAAAUAAAAACAUAUGGUAAUGGAAAUAUUAUAAUGCAUACUAAUAUAUUCGAUAGUAUUAUUAAUAAGAAAAUUAAAAAAGAAAAUGAUGAAGAAAAUGAUGAAGAAAAUGAAGAGAAUGAACAGAAUGAAAAAAAUGAAAAGAAUGAAUUAUGUGAUAAAAAUUAUCAUAUGAAAAAACAAUUUACAUGUUGUUAUUUCCGUUAUAAAGAAAUAACACAAUAUCUAGUACAUAAAGAAAAAUUGUUUGAGGAAAAUCAUAAAUGUAAUGAUUUAUGUAGAAAUGACAUAUUCUGUUUUACAUAUAUUUGUAAUAACUUAUUUUUAUUCAAUCAUACAAAUGAUAAAUUAAAUUUAUAUUUAUAUAUAAAAAAAAUUAUCAAUUCAUAUAGAUCAUAUUUUCAUAACACAUUUGAAGAACAUGAUUGUGUUUGUAAUAAUACUUUAAAAAAGGAUCAAGAAAAUAUAUAUUACUUAAAUAAGUUUAUGGUCAAAGUUAUAGAUGAUAUAUGUGAAAUGUUGCAUAAAAAAAGAUAUAUUGAUGUUUUACAAAAUUUUCUAAAAAAUUUUAAGUAUGUUUGGUCUUUAAAUAAUGAAUUAUUUCCAGAAAUCUUUCAACGAAUAUUAAUCAAAUACAAUAUAAAUCAUAUGACCACCUAA